AUGGCAGGUUUAAAGUUCAAUUUGUCGGUGAUUAUGGUGCUCGUGUUUGCAUGCAUGCAGUUUAACGGCAUGGUGGCUCAGACUACACAUGUGGUCGGCGACGCCUUGGGCUGGAAUAUUCCACCCAAUGGACCUUCUGCUUACAACACCUGGGCAUCAACUCGCACAUUCAAAGUUGGCGAUGUUCUUCUCUUUAACUUCAUCACUGGAUUCCAUAACGUUGCUGAAGUUUCCGAGGCGGCUUACUGCCCAUGCACCACCGCCAACCCCAUCUCCAUCGUCGCCAACGGCCCCGCUAGAGUCACUUUAAACACACCUGGCACACACUAUUACAUCCGCACCGUUGGAACUCAUUGCCAAGUUGGUCAAAAACUAACCAUCAACGUCUCCGACACGUCUGCCACCCCAGAUCUACCACCACCAUCAUCCGCUACUCCCGCAUUUGUUUCUCCACCUACACUUGUUCCACCCACCCUUUUUUCUCCACCGACACUUUUUUCUCCACCCACGGAUGGCACCAUUCUACAACCGCCAUCACCCAGUUUUGGUUCAUCUUUCACCGCCGUGGUACCCAUCAGUUUAUUGGGGAUCGCUUUAGCUUUCUUUUAUUAG